AUGCCAGGAACCUCGAAAGACAAUGGUGGACGCCACCCUUUGUACAGGGGAGUGAGACAAAGGAGGAACUCAAACAAAUGGGUUUCUGAGAUCCGUGAGCCGAGAAAACCUAACCGUAUAUGGUUAGGAACAUUCUCAACACCUGAAAUGGCGGCAAUAGCAUACGACGUGGCAGCUCUAGCCCUCAAGGGAACUCAAACUGAGCUCAACUUCCCAAACUCGGCUUCCUCUUUGCCUGUUCCAGCCUCCAUGUCUCCAGGAGACAUCCAAGCCGCAGCCGCUUCAGCCGCUGCUGCUUUCGGCGCUGCUAGGGAUGCCAUUGUAUUGGCUAAUAACAACAGCGAAACAAGCGGUGCGUCUCACAGUAACAUGAUGAUGAUGAAUGGUAGUUAUAAUGAGAAUACAAAUAUGAAUGGAUUCAUUGACGAGGAUUUGAUAUUCGACAUGCCUAAUGUGCUCAUGAACAUGGCUGAAGGAAUGCUUCUCAGCCCGCCUCGUGCUCCUGCCUUUGAUGCUGCUUCUGAUGCUGAUUGUUACACCGGAGCAGACGAUUACCUGUGGAAUUUUCCUUGA